AUGCAGGAGCAUCAACGAAUUCUUGCCAUGCCUGAAGUCGAGGUCGAGCUGGUCAAACGUGCUGUUCUGCGAGGUAGUAAGCUGCCAGAUAUCUUUGGCAAUGUCUGGGAACAUGAGAGAUAUCGUAUAGAGUGUCUUGAUCACAGCAAGAGAUUCAAGAUCACUGCCGUCUGCGGCUCAUGUGGGCACAAGCACCACUAUCUCUGCGACAGUCUGAUCCCGGAUGAGUCAGGACUUGUUUUGGGCUGUCCAUUAUGCAACACGACUGCUCAUAACUGGGAUGACUGCAAGCGCUCUGGAGAGCUCGGUUGGGUGCACCAGUACGAGAUCGUGUUCUACCGCCGCAUCAACGUGCCCCCCAUCCGCUCCCGGAAGCCUUGGAUCAUGUGGGAGAAGGAAAGAAUUGAUCAGGGACUCUCAUCUUGGGACCUUCAGGGAGUGUAUCCUUGGACUUUGGCUUUUGUCGAGGAAUUGAAGCAGUCGGAGCGUUUCUGUGCUCAGCAGUUCAUCGACUACGCCCCAUUGUUAGAGGAAAGGAGUGCCUCCAGUGAGGAUAAUAUCCGCAACAGCAGAAAUACGUUGCAGAUCGGUUUUAAUGCGGCGGUCCACAACACCCAGACGUCGCAGGACGUUGCGAACGCGGUCGCCACGCCCCCGUUGGCUCCAAACGAGAACUUUCCAAAGGGCACACUGGUGUCUCCGUCUGGUGCCACGGAUCUUGACGUCGCGUAG